CUUGGGAUCCUCGGACGCCUUAGAUCGCCCAGUAGUGUGUGGGCACGUGGGGAGUGGGCUGGUCUUCGGGCGACUCCAACGAAGGCCCCCUCCCCCGAUUUUGAACGGUAUGCUAAGUGAGUGUGAACUGUGAUGAGGGGGACUUGUUGAGCUUGGGAGAGCGGCUGCGGGCGUGUGUGGCCCCAGGUCUUGGCUUCCAACGGGGCAAGUGAAGCAGCAGAGAUGAAGCUCUCUGGCAUGAGAAGUCUGAAUCCAUCCUAGAAGAAGACCCAGCCUGGAUUUGAGAUCACUAGUGAGAGCUUCAGGGCAGAGUCGUCUGAGUCAUAAGAAGUGGAUACAUCUUGGUGCCAGAGCUGUUCCCACCAGUCUUAAUCUGAGGAAGAUCAGGGGAGUCAUCAAACCAGUGAGGAGAGUCAUCCUGGAAGAGCAGAUCCACUUGCCAGGGGAGAGGCAUGGAGGCAUCCAUCCAAAGACCACACCAUCCGGGUCCAGGGGGAGACAGCAACACCACAGUGGACAACCAUGGCCGUGGCUUCUAUGACUUCUCUCUUUCGGUUCCCUUUCCAUCUCCUAUGGAAGCAGAGAUUGCCUGCCGCUCUUUGGACCCAGAUCCUGAGCCUCGCCGUAGUGGAGUCCAGCGGGAGUUAACUGUCAUUGGGAAUAAAUUGGUUCUCCACUGGAGAGCAGAAGAAGCCCGAUUCUUCCGAGUCUCUAUCACCACCUUCCUGGACUAUCUGGCUCUGGUCCUGCAAACCAUGGAGCGUUUUGGGCCCCCAGGGCCCCACUGAAACACCUCUCGUCCCAUUUCCCCAAUGAAGAAGAGCUACCAGAAAGACUGAGUUUCAACAAGAUAGGAAAAUGGAAACCAAGACCCCUCCCCAACUUCCUUACCUGCUCAUUCUCCAUCCCCUUUCCCUCCAUCCUGCUCUGAAUACCACUUUCUCUUUAAAGGAGAAUAUGGAAGAUGCAAAGGAGAGAUCUUGGUUCCAGUUGCCCAUUCCACUAUGAACUUGUUGCAGAAAAUAAAUCUCAUUAUACAAACACAAA